AUGCCGGCAACACUUCACUCCCACGUCCAAUCAUGGGCGACAGAUUUUGUCAGAGCCGUGGAAAACUGUGAUGGAAGGGCUCUAGCGGUGCUGAUACGAAGCAAAUGCGACAAGCUGCAGCUAAAUGGUGCCCGAGGAUUUGACGAGGCUGACCGAUCUUCGGAGGACAACGGCGAAUUCGACAAUGCUGAGGACAGCGACAAGGACAAGUACAUGAAGCAGGUCCUCAGCAACGUCCGCAGCAAGAUGGGUCGCGUUAGGGGUGACGACACGCGCCACCCAGCUUAUAUUAUCCUCCUCGGGCAGUCUAUCAAGGGGUGCAUCCAGCUGGGGAACAUGCAGAUGGCCGCGGGUUUUCUGAAGACCAUCGAAUCGCACGCCAUCAACUACUCGAGGGCACUUAGAGGUCCACUCAUCAACUAUCGCUACUAUCUUGGCAAGCUUCACAUGCAAAAGGGGGAAUACGUCGAGGCCGAGGAGCAUCUAGUUUGGGCGUUCUCGAAUACACUACAGGACUCGAUCAAAAUGCGCAAGCACAUCCUCGAGUGCAUUAUCGUAGUCCGCGUCGGGCUCGGCAAGCUGCCGCCGCAGAAGCUACUGGAGAAGUAUGAGCUCACCCACUACAGCGACAUUGUGCGCGCCAUCAAAUUGGGUGAUGUCAAGCUCUUCACCGAUACUGUCCGCCAGUUCUCAGACGUCUUCACCGUGCAGGGGACAAUCCUAUGCGUGGAACAGCUCAAGUACAUAGCCUAUCGCACCCUCAUCAAGAACGCCAAGAGCUGGUGGAACACCAACGUACCCGAGGCGAAGCCCAACAUGCUCUCCGUCGAAUUGCUGACGGCAAUAGUGCGCUGGCAACUGUCGCACAUGACCGAUCAGGAGAUGCUCUGCAUCUGUGUGAACCUCAUCCGGCGCGGUCUGGUUAAGGGUUACGUUUCCUGGGAACGGCUCAUGAUCGUCUUCAGCAACGUGCAGCCCUUCCCACCCAUCCACUCCAGCGCACUGUGA